GCCCGCUCUUAAAUAAAUAUAGUUCAGACUUGCUUGGUGGCAAUAGACUAAUCGCUUAGGGAUCGUAGAUCAAAUCUUGUGAUCUUGGGUUCGACUGCUAUUCUUAUAGUAAAAAGGGGAAACCGACACCUGAUUUCGUUAAAAUAAUGAAGUAACUAUCUGUAGCCACCUAUAGAAUGCCACUAUUGUGAACUAAAUCACAGCGACCAAUACAUAUACUAAAUAUCUCUCCUCAUCAUCCCUUAAUUAAAAUAGUGACCAGUCCUUGACCACCUAAUCUAUUAAACACAUUAUUUUACCAACCCGACGUGCAUUCUAAAAAAAGUGUAUUGUUAGCCUCAAUAAAAAACGUCGUGAUCUUUAACGUUUCCAACUGUUCCUAAUUCAUUCAGCAAAUAUCUAUAGUAAUUUAAAAAUUCGUUCAAGUAAACACACGUGUCAAGUUGAAACGUCACCUAGAAUUUAAGACCCCACUUCAGCGGAUACUCGCUAAAUGAGAAACGGUAACACCCCUAAUGGUUUGCUCAAACAAACAACCGUUAUUAACCACUUUAUAUAUAGAUAGCUAGCCAUGUCCACUCUCAUUUCUUCACUGAAAGUAUAGGGGAAUUCUAAAUCAAAUUAUAUUUGAAUAUGACCUAUUUAUUUAAAUAAAAAAUCUUGUAAGAAUCGAUCUUGCUUUGUUACUAUUUUAGUGAAAUAUCGUUAUGGAUCGUAAAUUUGUAUGGAUUAUUGUUGCUACGUGGCUUGUUGCUGUUGCCGCUUAUUCAAUUUAUGAUGAAGAUUUGGAUGAAGACUUUGAGGUGCAGGGAGAUAGAAAGGGAAAGAUCUUGUUUCCGUUCGUGAGUAUAGUUCGUUUCGCAAACACUGACUGUGCGAGUACAAACACAAUGAACGGCACUUGCUUGGCGCGGAGGGAGUGCAAUAACCUCAACGGAACUAUAACUGGGACUUGCGCAUCGAGAAGAGGAAGAUGCUGUAUUGUUUCGAGGACUUGUGGUAGUACGACAAACGUGAACAACACAUAUUUCACGAGCCCCGGAUACCCGGGUGCUUACGCCGGCGGACAGACGUGCACCCUUAUCGUCAAUCGAUGCAACUCAAACGUCUGCCAGCUCCGUAUCGACUUCUUAGAUAUGGUGCUCGCACAACCGAGUGGGGAUGGUGUCUGUGUGACUGACUCAGUGACUAUCACCGGUGGUAACACCAUAGUGCCAACCAUCUGCGGUGAUAACACCGGUCAAACCAUCUUCGUCGACUUCAACCAAGACGCUGCAAUUACUAUCACCAUCACAGCCACAUUGGCUACAACAUUUUCAAGGAGAUGGAACAUAAGACUCACUCAGCUUGGAUGCGAUUGUCCGGGCAUAGCACCUAACGGAUGUUUGCAGUAUUAUACAGGUCUAACGGGUACUAUUAACAGUUUUAAUUAUGGAACGACACCGAAUACAGCGCUCAGCGCAUCUCUUGUUACUGGAACCCGACAGAUCGCGAAUUUGAAUUACGGCAUUUGUAUCCGUAUGGAAGCUGGUUAUUGUGCGAUUCAAUAUUCUCAGGCGGCUAACGACAUUUAUUCAUUCACGGUAACCGGGGAUGUAGACGGCGCAGACAAUACCGUGCUAGGUACCACUGUAGGCGCUGUCAACGGUGCCGCUUGCACCACGGAUUUUGUAGUAAUAGCAAACCCAACGGUGGUAUCUACCGGAGUAUCAGCGGGUACAGAUCGAUUCUGCGGCCUUGGAUUUGUCCCGGUUCAGACUGGAGCAAAACCUUUUGUCUUAUACGUUGUGACGGACGCAAACGAAGGGGCGACGGCGACAACGCCCCCUGACGUUUCUAACAGAGGGUUCUCUCUCGCUUACACACAAGUUGCCUGCUAAAAUCACUCUAGAACUACAAUAUAAGCAAAGAUAUAGAAAAUUGUUAUUGCGAUAUUUCCAUCACAUAGCUAGAAAAAAGUGGUAUUUAAGUGUCUUAAGUUAGUAAUCAGGAAAAAUCUUUUUAUUGAUUCUCACUACUCUACUAUAGUUUCUCAUGAAAAUUGUA